GAUCAACAGCCGCAUACGCAUUACGUGUGUGACACACAACAAUUUGUAAAGACCAAUUGUCCGGCGUACAGUGUAGAAUAUUCCUUGAAGUCGUUCGGUCGUCGUUUCCAUUGUGGCCUUAGGUUCCAGGGAACUCAGUUGACACAAGUAAUCGGUGCAUUCAAUAACGCAAGUGAUAAAUUCAGUUCAAGAUCUAUAAAAUCGGUUUUGAUAUUAAGAAAAGUGUUGGUGCUUCGAUUGUCUACGAAGAUUUGUGACCAAAUCAAAAGAGUAAUAUUAAAUAUGAUAUUCAGUGAUUAAGAAUCUGUAGAAUAAGGUUGCGGUCUAGAUCAUUUUGUUAUUGAAUGACAUAUUACAACAUAUAAUAGUAUAACAUUAGUAUCAGAAGCUGCUGCCGUUAGUGAAAAUUGCGCGGCUAAAAGUGAAUAAUUGUUUGUUGGUCAGAACAACAUUUUGCGAACAGUGUAUAUCGGUUAGUUGAUCACGGAACAUUAGGAAAAAGAAUAACAUUAAAAUGAAAACUUUAAUAUUGGUGACUUUUAUUAGUUUAGUGGUGUUUGUUACAAGUGAGAACCACUUCUUCGGUGUGAAGACCCCAGAUUCUAAGCUGAUUUAUAGGAAAAGAAUAUUCCUGGAAGCAUUUCCUUUCAAGAAGAGGGUGGACUAUUUCGAGUUCUCAGAUUCUCCAGCGCCGAUAAAGGCCAUAUUCUGCUAUGACUACCAGAACAGCGAAGCAUCCGUCAACUGCACAGAGGGGGGAGUCGGCUAUGACCACGUUACACUACGGCUGAAGAGCCAGAGGAGCUACAGACUCGACUUCGCUAUAGAAAUUUACGCGUGACUUAAAAUGAACUGAUUUUCACCUUCUUUAUAAAGUGUACAGCUUUAAUGAUCGCCCAUCAUAGUAAGAACAAAAUCGAGAAGAAAAAUAUAUAUCAAACUCCAAAGACUUGUAUAGAAAUUGUGCACAGAGCAGACAAAUUAAUGUAUGACUUGCAAUCAAGACUCUAGCUGAUAUGUCAUUAAAUUUAGUAAGUCGUUGAACUAAUUUAAUUGCUAGGAUGUAUGUCACUGCCGAAUUUACAAAAGCUUUUGCUUUUGUUUUAACUAUAACAUGACAGACCCAAUGUGGUGGUGAGUGUCACCAAAACUAACAUUUAUGACGAGAUACAUUGAUGACAUUUUGCUAAAGUGUCGCUGUUUUAAAGAACAUAAACAUACUCAUAGAAUCUACACUCUAUCGACUACUCUAAACUGAUUAUCAUAUAAUUUGAUAUGUUUUUUUUUUGACGGCCUCUGUGGCUCAGCGGUAGAAUGCUUGUCUGUGACACUGGAGGUCCCGGGUUCGAAUCCCGGCCAGGGCAUGAUGAGAAAAGAACUUUUUCUGAUUGUCCUGGGUCUUGGAUGUUUAUCUAUAUAAGUAUUAUAUUAUAAAAUAUGGUAUCGUUGAGUUAGUAUCUCGUAACACAAGUUUCGAACUUACUUCGAGGCUAACUCAAUCUGUGUAAUUUGUCCCGUAUAUAUUUAUAUUUAUUUAUAUUUAUAUUUUUAAUAUGUGACAAGAAAGUGCAGGCGCAUAACAAUAGAGAAACAAAAAUAUCUGAACUUCCUUUACUGGUUGUUGGGUCAAACAUGUACGUACAAUCUGGGUAUCAUUUUCAAAAAACAUUAUAUAUAUUUAAUAAAUGUAUGCCGAAAUCCAAAUGUAAAUUAGUGCUUUGUACAUAAUUAUUAUUUUUAUAGGGUGUAAGAAUAUAUGAAUUUAUAUUUUUUAAAUUA